UAGCCUGCUGUCUAAUCCACAUGUUUAACAGCUGUUUCAAUAGACAACGGCGUCAGGCGCGUGGACCCAUGUGUACAUGGAGUGAAUAUUUCAGAUAGAGAUAUAUAGGACACUUUGGAAGUCAGCAGUUCAGUACAUACCUUGGAUCACCUUUGUGUGGCACUGAGAGACCCAGAUAGGCCAACAGCAUGUCCGACCAUCUCGAACCAUGGGCAUGGGUCGUGGUAGUGGCGUCGCUUUGUGCGCUUUUUCUCAACACGAGUCAGUCCUAUAUUGCUGGCGUCAUGCACGUAGCGCUUCUUGAGACGUUUCAAGAUGACGUCACACUGACUUCAUGGAUUGGCUCUCUGUAUUCCUGCAUGUUUGCCCUUUCAGGUCCCGUAGCCAGCUUCAUCAUCAACAGAUGGAACUGUCGGUGUUGUGUCAUAGUAAGCGGUGUGCUUGGCCUCGUUGGAUUUGCUUCCAGUAGCCUCGCUGAUGACAUACGCUGGCUCUUCUUCACAUACGCCCUGAUGGCGGGACUUGGUCAAGGAUUGUGCUACACUGGCUGCCUCGUGCUGCUCGGGUUUUACUUCCAGAAGCGGACAAGCCUAGCCACGGGGAUAGGAAUAGCUGGCUGUGGUCUUGGCAACUUUCUUCUCCCCCCUCUGACACAGCACCUGGUGGAUGGGUAUGGACUCAAAGGGGCCUUCCUUCUCCUGGGAGGAAUGGCAUUUCAGUCUUGUGUGUGUGGUUUUCUCAUGAGACCUUCCCAACACGAGCGUAGAAGACAUGAGAGGCAUCAAGAAGACGGAGAAGCCAACCAAGAGAACCUAACCUCAAGAUGUCAAUCCUGCUUCAACCAAGUCCAAUCAUGCACAAUACCACACUUCAUAAAGACAUCCUUUUCUUUGUAUCUGUUAAGCGUUAUGACUUUUACAAUUGGAUGUUCGACCUUGAAGCUGUACUUCCCUGAUUUUGUAAUGAAACAAGGGGCGACCUUCCAACAUGCGUCGUCGCUAGUGUCAGUUAUCGGUGUCGGCAGCAUUGUGUCCAGGAUCUGCCUCGGAUUUGCUGCAACAGACCCCAAGAUUGGACCCUCGCUUCUGUACUCUGGGGCCAAUGGCCUGACUGGUGUCCUUGUGUACUUCAUACACCCCUUAACUCGAACGUCUGUGUUGAGGAUAAUAUUUUCCAUGUGUUAUGGAGUAUAUAAUGGUGGCAUGUGGGCCCGAAUGCUGCUUGAGGCGACGGGAGAUUACCACACUGCAUUUAUGUUUUCAGAUUUCAACAUGUCCGAACGACUUGAGCCAUGGGCAUGGGUGGUGGUAGUGGCAUCACUCUGUGCUCUUUUCCUCAACACGGGCCUGUCCUUUGUUGCCGGUGUCAUGCACGUGGCGCUUCUAGAGACGUUUCAAGAUGACGUCACACUGACGUCGUGGAUUGGCUCUCUCUACUCCUGCAUGUUUUCUCUUUCAGGUCCCGUGGCCAGCUUCAUCAUCAACAGAUGGAACUGUCGGUGUUGUGUCAUAGUAAGCGGUGUGCUUGGCCUCGUUGGAUUUGCUUCCAGUAGCCUCGCUGGUGACAUACGCUGGCUCUUCCUCACAUACGCCCUGAUGGCUGGACUUGGUCAAGGGUUGUGCCUCACCGGGUGUUUGGUGCUGCUCGGGUUUUACUUCAAGAAGCAGACAAGCCUAGCCACAGGAAUAGGAAUAGCUGGCUGUGGACUUGGCACCUUUCUUCUUCCCCCUCUGACACAGCAUCUGGUGGACGGGUAUGGACUCAAAGGGGCCUUCCUCUUCCUGGGAGCAAUUGCCUUUCAGUCUUGUGUGUGUGGUUUUCUCAUGAGACCAUCCCGACACGAGCGCAAAAGUCACGAGAGCCAAAAGGCAGAUAGAGAAACCAGCCAAGAGAACUUAGCUUCAAGAUGCCAAUCCUGCUUCAAGAAAAUUCGCUCAUGCUCUAUACCACACUUCCUAAACAUGGCCUUUUCCUUGUAUCUGUUAAGCAUCCUGAUUUUCACAAUUGGAAGCUCUAUCCUAAAGCUGUACCUGCCUGACUUUUUUAUGAAGCAAGGGUCUACCUUCCAACACGCUUCUUCACUUGUAUCAUUUUAUGGUAUCGGCGGCAUCUUGUCCAGGAUCUGCCUCGGAUUUACUGCAACGGAUCCCCAAAUUGGACCAUUGCUUCUGUACAUAGGGAUCAAUGGUCUGACCAGUGUUCUUGUGUAUUUCCUAUACCCACUAACUCGAACGUCUAUGUUGAAGAUUAUAUUUUCGUUUUGUUAUGGACUUUAUAAUGGUGGCACCUGGUCCCUGUUAAACCCAAUAACAUAUAACACCGUGGGAGUACAUCAUCUAGCAUCAGCCAUGGGGUUGGUGAUGUUUACAAGCGGAACAGGGUUCCUCAUUGGUGGACCCAUUGCAGGAAUGCUGCUUGAGGCGACAGGAGAUUAUUACAUCGCAAUCAUGUUUUCAGGAGGACACCCCGACAUAACCACAGCGGACACGAGCAACAACCGGACACAAGCACACGGACACACGGAACAAGGAACGUGGAGACGGAAACGACCGGAGGCACCGGAAAGACCCGGAGGGAACACAAAGGAAGGAAGGUACGGACUUGCAGGAAGGAAAAGGAAGGAAGGAUCCGGGAGGCCACAAAAUAAGGAAAGAGGCACGAGCUGGAGAAACGGAGAGUGGAAGGAAGGAAGAAGAGCAGUGGAAGAGCCCAGUGGACAGAGCCAGAGGCAUGGAGGACACAGGAAGGAUAAGGAGGUGGCACAGGUGAAAAAUGGAGUGGAGGCACGGGUGGAUAAACCCAUGGAGACGGGAGGAGGGUACGGGUGGUGGAGGUGGUGGUACACAUGGAGGUGGAGGAACGCAGGGGAGGCAGUGGCAUGGAGUGGAGGCAUGGAGGAACGUGGAGAGGACGGAGGUGGGUAA